GAAAAUAUCAACUGGUUUCAUUUCUAAGAAGAGAGUAAAAACCAUGGAAACAGACUUGAGCAUUCUAAAUAAAUUGGUAUACCAAGCUUUUUUACAUCAUUGAUUUUUGUGAAAAGAAGCAAAUGAAUGGCUGGAGAGAAUUUUACAUUUGUUACUGAGUUUAUUCUUUCGGGGCUGACAGACCGCGCUGAACUGAAAGUGACGCUUUUUGUGCUGUUCCUGGGGAUCUAUGCCGUCACCCUGGUGGGGAAUCUGGGCAUGAUCUUCAUAAUCCGAAUCACACCCAAGCUCCACACACCCAUGUACUUUUUCCUCAGCUGCCUGUCAUUUGUAGAUGCCUGCUACUCAUCUGCAAUCGCACCCAAAAUGCUAAUCAACCUCCUGGUUGUGAGGGGAACCAUUUCUUUCUCUGCUUGCAUGGUACAACAUUUGUGUUUCGGGGUGUUUGUUACCACAGAAGGCUUCUUGCUGUCGGUGAUGGCAUAUGACCGUUACAUGGCCAUUGUGAACCCUCUGCUUUACACGGCAGCCAUGUCUAAGAGGAAGUGUGUAGGGCUGGUCCUUGGGACAUUCAUAGGUGGAACAAUUAACUCACUGAUACACACAGUAAGCUUAGGCAGACUGUCCUUUUGUAGGCUGAAUAUUGUCCGCCACUUCUUCUGUGAUAUUCCCUCACUCCUAAAGCUGUCAUGUUCUGAUACCUCUGUCAAUGAGCUGUUGCUCUUAGUCUUCUCUGGAGUCAUUGCCAUGGCCACCUUCUUGAUUGUGAUCAUUUCUUAUGUGUUCAUUGUGCUCGCCAUCCUGAGGAUCCACUCUGCAGCAGGGAGACUGAAAGCCUUCUCCACCUGUGCCUCUCACCUGAUGGCAGUGACCAUAUUCUACGGCACCUUAAGUUUUAGUUACAUCCAGCCCAGCUCCCAGUAUUCUGUAGAACAGGAGAAGGUGGUCGCUGUGUUCUAUACGCUAGUGAUUCCCAUGCUGAACCCGCUGAUUUACAGUCUGAGAAACAGAGAGGUGAAGGAUGCUGUGGAAAGGGCCAUAGAAACAAAACAACUCUCCUGUUAAUCUCAAGACAUUGCUAAUCCUGAACUUUCUGCUAGUCAGUUCUCACUUCCUAGAAUUCCAUAGGUGUUACAGCUUCUAAAGAUUGUAAAGAUGUUUUUAUUCUGUAUGCUUAUUUGUUAUAUGAAAAGGCAGCCAGAAAGGGAAAGCUGUUUAAUUCCCACACCCAAAUCACAAAAACAAUAGCCUAUCCCAUAGGUCUGACAUUCUAGGCUGUGAGUCUCUGAAUCAGUAUAAAUACCAUAAUACAUUUAUAUUUUUCUCUUAUUUGGAGAAAAGAAUUAUUUAAUAUUUGCUUGCAUUUAAACACAUAAAAACAGGAUGUGCACAAAGAAAACAUAAUUUGUUGUUAAAUUUCCAAGAAUAUAGAUAUAACUAUAACUGACAUAUGCCUCUCAACACUCAUGAUGUUAAGGAUAACAAAAAUUUAUAUGAAAUUUAAUAAAACAUCCAUUUGACCAUUCUUUUAGAA